AUGAAUGCUGGUGAUGACUCCUCGUUCUAUCUGUAUGGUAUGGGUGAAAGGCCCGAGGCGCUUACCCUCGGGUCGCUGGUCCUGGAACAAUACUGGGAACCACUGGUUGCAAGACAUUAUACCCACGAAUUACUGAGCCAGGAAGCACUCCAGGAGCAUGCCUAUGUCAGCAAGGUGUCCAACGUGAUCUUCCACGGACGCUCUCGCCUGACACCGGGCGUCAGCCUUAGCGGUGGGGACAUCAUCGAUCUCACUCUCGCUUGGAAUAAGGACUCCGAGCGCAUCGUGGUAGCGAAAAAGGGAGCGCGAAUAAUCCUGAAGGAUCCUGAAGAAUUCCUGGCAACGUCUGUCCUGAGUAACCCCAAGGCGCAGGAGAAGCUCAAACUAUGGCUGUCAGCCGCUCGGAGUGCCUACGUCCUGAACUUCAAGUUUGCACGUCGUCCGAAGAUCUGGAUGCUGACUGGACUGUAUCUCCUCGAAGACGCGCGUACAAUGGUCUCUCGCCAUAACUCCAGUAAGAUAUCCGCAGGGGUGUCGGGUGCCCUCGUCGGUGCGCUCUCAAGCGUACCCGUGGGCGGGUUUUUGACUCUCGGCGAAGGCAACUCCUGGGAGAUGACUAUGGAACUGACCGAGCAGCAUGUUUGGGCUGCUCAGUACCGUCUACUAGAUGCUCGAUUUGUCAAGGUGGACAAGGGUGCGGAUAGCGUGAAGCUGCCAUUUUCAAUGGGUUUGUACCGUGAUGUCUUAUCAAUGAGCACAGUUAGAGGUGCGGAAACAGACGAAGCGGAAUUGGAAUUGAAGAAUGAGAACCAAGCUGGUGACGAAUCGGGCCAGGACGUGGAAGAUCAGGAUAGUGAGGAGCUGGAGGCGUAUGAGAAGCGAUUAGAGGAGGCCAUUUCUGUUUUUGAGAAGGUUCCAUCGCAUUUUUUGAAGUGA